UUGAGCCCUCACAAGAGAAAAGAUGGCAGAAGAAAAUAUUCACGGUUUACACCAAUGACUUUUGGCUCGUCCAAUGGUCCAAACAAUAUGUGCAGUGUACAGCGUUAUACAAGUACUCUUAGACCGAUUAAAAUUGAAACAUGAGAUUAUUACGAUAUCAAUCGAGGGUGUAAUUGAGUUAGUUUGAUUGUUUAGAGGUAAAUUGAAAUGGAUGGGACUGGCGCCAAGGAGCUCCAGCCACUGCUGGAGGAACGUCUGGCUAUUUUGCCUGGUGGUCGUGAUCGUCGUGGUGGACCUGUACUGAUAUUUCCAACGACAGCUAGACGUGAACGAGCUAAAUCUGAGGAUUACUGCAAAUUACUUCAAUAUCUGCUUGCAGUACCCAAUGACGAGACACGAAGUCUGAGAUUCACUGUGAUUAUUGAUAUGCGUGGUGCCACGUGUGAUUCUGUUCAUCAGAUACUGAAGGUCCUUCAGGAGCACUUUCACCGUUCCAUCUACGUUGCAUUCAUCAUCAAACCAGAGAAUUUCUGGCAGAAACAGAGAAUAUCACUGUCAAUACCAAAAAAGUGCAACUUCGAGAUAAAUACAAUAAGCCUGGAGGCUCUGUCAAAGGUGAUCGAUCCAUCGCAGUUGACGGUGGACUUGGAUGGAUCGCUGCAGUAUGAUCACGGCAAGUGGAUUAAAACCAGAUGUGCAGUUGAGCAUUUUACGUGGCAAGCCACUGAAUUAUUGGAUCGUCUCGAGGAGCUGCAGGAGGACUUGGGGAGAAAUGAUUUUGCUGACGAUGUGGCAGGUGCAAGACACGGUCUCGAGCUCCACAACAAGAUUCGAAAGAAGAUAAUGGAGGUGCCAGUUGAGGGAAUGAGAGCUGAGGGCCAGAGGCUCCUCCAGCGUUACAGUAAUUCCAUGACAUCGAGCUCCAGUGAGGGUGGAAGCAUCGAGUCUGGUGCAUCUGGAGGUGCUGAUCCCGAUGGCAGAUCUCUAGCACAAUUGGUGAUCAGUCGAGUCGAUCUCCUCGACGCGAUGCAGCAGAAACUCCUGCAGCACUGGCACAUUAAACGCGAGAAGCUGGAUCAGUGCUUUCAGUUGAGAUUAUUCGAGCAGGAUUGCGAGAAAAUGUUCGACUGGAUUUGGCACAGUCGUCAGGGUUUCCUGGGGAACUACGUGGAGAUUGGCAGAUCUUAUCAGCUCGCUGAGGAGCUCCAAGAGCAGCACAAACACUUUGAUUCAACCUCGAGAAGUGUUUAUGCUAAGAAUAUCCAGACAAUUGGUGCUAUGGCUGAACAACUGAGGGAGCAUUAUGCAGCUGCUCACAUUCGGGUCGUUGCUAGCCGCCUCGAGCGUGCAUGGCUUGAGUUUGAUGCCGCACUCAGGGAGAGAACAAGUGUUCUCAAGCUCAGUGUCCAAUUUCAUCACAAAGCCGAGCAGUAUGUGGACAGUGUGCAUGGAUGGAGUCAGGCAUUUGAGUCAAAUCUACCGAAUGAUAUACAAAUGCUCGAGCAACACAGCAAGAAGCAUCAGGACCUCUACGAUCUCAUGUGCAGAAUGUACACCGAGGUUUACAACGCCUAUCAAGCAUUAUUGAGCGGACUGGGAAAGAUGCUCCAGGUCUGUCACAGCUCUAGUGUCACCGGUGCCAGUGAAGGACUCGAUUAUGUACACAGUACCAGUAAGAAGCUUCUUUAUCAACUGGAUCAUCUUGUUCAAGUUUGUAAUCAACCUCAGGGGAUUGACCACUCCAACAGAAAACAUAAUCAGCAGGAUGGGCACACAAUGGAUAAUCGGGGUGGUAUGAGUGGAAAUCCAGCUGCGGAUUACAGCGAGGGUGCGUCACACGUGCUUGCUGUCAUACAUCAGAUUUUAGGGCAUCAUCGAGCACUCGAGGCCCGCUGGCUCAACCGAAAAGUUAAAUUGCACCAGCGGUUGGCUUUGAGAUUAUUUCAAGACGAUGUCAAGCAAGUGCUGGAUUGGUUGACAAAUCAUGGCGAAGUUUUCAUACGAAAGAAUACUGGGGUCGGACGAAAUUUGCAGAAGGCCAGGGUUUACCAGAAGAGUCACGAACACUUUGAAAAUGUUGCGCAGAACACGUACACAAACGCCGAAAAACUUCUGACAGCAGCUCAAGAAUUAGCCCAAACCGGUGAAUGCGCUCCAGACGAGAUAUACGCAGUGGCUAGAGAGCUCCAGGCACAUGUGGAGAGUUUUAAAGCUCGAGUGGAGCAGCGUCGUUGCAAGCUGGACCUGGCAGUGGCAUUCUACGAUCACGAGAAGAAUUUGAGCUCGUGGGUGGACGAGUUACGCCAGGAGCUCCAGCAGGACGAAGUGGCUGAGAAUCUUGAGACAGCUGAGGGCCUCCUAGACAAGUGCGCUCAGCACCGAGGUCGUUGCCUCAAGGGCUGCUCAGAAACGAUAAAAGAGGGUGAGGUACUCCUGGAGGAGCUGCGUGAGGACUGCCCAGAGGGUGACACGACAGGCUCAGUGAGUGCAGUUGAGGCAGCACUGGAUCGACUCGCAGUGGUUCGUCACGAGCUGGAGGAGCUCUGGGCGACUCGAAAGCUGCGCCUGGAAUUGUGCCUUCGUCUGAGGAUAUUCGAGAGAGAUGCACUGGAGACGAGUGGCCAGCUGGAGAUGUGGGCCCAGGAGUUGAGAGCUGCACCCAGGGAGGGAUCCCCAGAGCAAUUGCUGCGUGUUCACAACGAUGGUGUCGCUCACAUGCAGAAUAUUGCUUAUCAGGUACUUCAGCAGGGACAGGAACUCGCUCAGGUUCUCGAGCAGGCUGGAGUGUGCAUCAUGGCGGAUGGACAGCACACAGCUAGUGCUCGUGUCCAGGUACUCCUAGAAUUUCUCAACGAGAGGGAAAUGGACGCUGAGGAUCUCGCCGAGAUUCGUAGAAUUCGACUGGAGCAAGCAGCUCAACUGGUUCAACUGCAGAAUGACGCUCAACACGUUGCUAAUUGGAUCAGAAACGGUGAAGCCAUGCUCCUGGCAUCCCUGAGAGUACCUGAAAAUCUCACCGACGCCGAACAAUUGCGCCUUGAGCACGAGCAAUUUCAGGUUGCCAUCGAGAAAACCCACACAUCAGCUGUCCAGGUGAAGCACAGAGCUGACGCACUUGUGAGCGCCAAUCAUUACGAUCCAAAGAGCAUCAGGGAUGUCGCUGAGGAUGUGACAAAACGGUGGCAGCAACUGGUCACGUGUGCUGAGGAGAGGCAUAAACUCGUGACAGCUAGUAUUAAUUUUUAUAAAACAGCUGAACAGGUGAGAUCUGUGCUCGAUAGUUUGGAGAGGGAGUACAGGAGGGAUGAGGACUGGUGCUCUGGUGGUGACAAGGGUGGACAAGUACCAACGCUUGUUGGUAAACAUCAGGAGCAGAAAGAGGCGUUUUUGAAGGCGUGCACUCUCGUUCGCAGAACAGCCGAGACAUUCCUCAAGUAUACAAAUCGUAGUCUACAGUUUUACAGUUAUCAGCCUGGCACUGCUGGAUCUGAGAACAAAGUCAAGAGUAUUCUCGAGGAGUUAUUGAGCAAGGAGAAUAAGGUACUUGAGUACUGGACGCAGAGGAAGAAGAGAUUGGAUCAGUGUCAUCAGUAUGUGUUGUACGAGCGAAGUGCUAAGCAGGCACUUGAGUGGAUUCAUGAGACUGGGGAAUCCUACUUGGCUAGUCACACCAAUGUUGGAAAAAAUAGAAUUGAGAAUGAGCAGUUGCUGCAAGAGCACAAUGAGUUCAAGGGUGCUGCUAAGGAGAUGCGAGAGAGGGUUAAAUUACUGAUACAACUAGCUGAUAAUCUCAUGGAGAAGGGACAUGCCCAUGCAUCGGAGAUUAAACAAUCAGUGGGUGAAGUUGAUCAGAGAUACAAGGAAUUCAGCAUGCGGAUGGACUGCUACAAGAGCCAGAUCGAGGACGAUCUCGGGAUUCAGUCUGACGAGGGCCAGAAGGAGUUGUCCAUCGACAGAAAUUCCGAUCCUCUCCUCGAGGACAAGAUAAAGGGCAAGGAUCUGAAGGAGCUCAACGAAGAGAAGAGAAGAUCAGCUAGACGCAAGGAAUUCAUUAUGGCUGAGCUGUUGCAGACGGAGAGGACUUACGUCAAGGAUCUCGAAACUUGUAUUCGUUAUUUUCUCGAGGAGACGAGAAAUGGAAAGGGAAAAGUGCCAGUUGGCCUGCAAAAUAAGGAAUCAAUAAUAUUCAGCAAUAUGGAGGAGAUAUAUCAGUUUCACAGUGACACAUUUUUACGUGAAUUGGAGAAGUACGAGACAAUGCCUGAGGACGUUGGCCACUGUUUCGUAACGUGGGCAGUUAAAUUCGAUAUGUAUGUUACUUAUUGCAAAAAUAAACCCGAGAGCCAGCAAUUAUUGAUCGAUCAUGGCAGUCCAUGGUUCGAGGAUUUGCAGAAGAAACAUCGGGUUGAGCAUCCAAUAGCAGCAUACCUCAUAAAACCAGUGCAAAGAAUCACCAAGUAUCAGUUAUUACUGAAGGACCUGCAGACCCACUGUCAAGAGGGACAGGGAGAGAUAAAGGAUGGUCUUGAAGUGAUGCUCAAUGUGCCUAAAAAAGCUAACGAUGCCUUACACCUUAGUCUACUCGAGGGCUGCGAUGUGCGUCUGGAUACUCUAGGUGAUGUUGUCCUCCAGGACUCAUUCACCGUCUGGGAUCCCAAGCUACUCAUACGAAAGGGCAAGGAUCGUCAUGUCUUUCUCUUCGAGCUUUACCUACUCUUCAGCAAAGAAGUCAAGGACUCGGCUGGCAAAGCAGCCAAAUACCUCUACAAGAGUCGCCUCAUGACAUCUGAGCUCGGUGUUACCGAGCACAUUGAGGGUGACGAGUGUAAAUUUGCUGUUUGGACUGGACGUGCACCAACCAGUGACACUAGAAUUGUCCUCAGGGCGAAUUCACUCGAGGCUAAACAACUCUGGGUUAAGAGGCUCAGAGAAGUCAUACAGGAGACGUACUUCAGCCUCAGUAUGCCAAAGAGCCCAGCCAAAAAGAGCUCAAGCCAGAGAUCGAGCAGAGAUUUAGAGGAGUGCGCUUCGUUGGAUGACAGUGUUGAGAAUCUAGACAGAAAUUCACUCGCAUCAUUCGGCUCCACCAACACCACAGACUCCGAUAAGACUGGAGUCGUGGAGAUGACGUGGGUAGUGGCUGAUCAUUCAGCAGCUCCUGGCAGUCGUGAAUUGACAGUGACCAAGGGACAACAGGUGGAGGUGCUGGAGAAUGGCAGCUCAAGUGGUACCAGUACGACAACACCUGGUGAUUGGACCCUGGUGAGACUUCCCCAGGGCCCAGGCCAGUCCGAUCCACCAGCUGAGGGUCUUGUUCCAACGAGUGCCCUCAAACAGCCACCAACAACAUCAUGCAAAACGUCGCCGUCCAGGAAACCAGGAAGCCAACCAUCACAACCAACAAUUCCUAUUGCUCAACAGUCAGUCACGAAUGAGGAUGCGGAUACCGGUGCCGAGGGUAAUGGAUCAACCAGUACAAAUUCACCGGGAAAUAAGAGGCGCGGUUUCAGCGGACGGAAAUGGUUACCAACACCACUGCGCAAGCUCAGUCAGGGUAAAGUCGAGAAGACCUCGUCAUCAGAGCGUCCACCAUUGAAGAAGACAGGCUCUGACAAGCGAUUCAAGCUGCCAACUGGUGAUAAAUCGGGUAGAACGGUGUCUGAGGGUGAGGAAGGGGAUGAGGAAGAGGUAGAGUGCGAUGAUAGCGAGACAACCGAUAAAUAUAUCGAGCAGAAUGGUGGUGAGGAUGGUGAUGAUGAUUUUGAAUUACCACCACCGAUGAAGCCAAUGCCAAAGCCCAGUCUUGUGACAACGGGUAAUGGUCAAUCGGGAUCAGCAAUUCCUGAUGAAUUGCCUGGUAAAAUAACACCUGAGAGAUCGAUCAAGAGUUUGGAUGGUGCAAAAGCACCGGACGUUGCUGAUCUUGAGCAGCUUGUCAAGGAGAGGAUGGAGCAACACACGGGGAAUCAGGAGAGACACAGCUUGAUGGGGAGGGGUGUGAGACCUGGUGAUGAUGGCAGUUACUCUGGGUCAACUGGACUCUCUGAUGAGGUGUCUGAUCCAGAAGCUGCUGCGAUCGGCAAGAGGCAUUUUGUUAUCACAGAAUUGGUUGAUACUGAGAGAGAUUAUGUUAAUGAUCUCAAGACUAUUGUUGAGGGGUACAUGUCGCUCAUGAGAGACCCUGACAGUGAUAUUCCACUUCCUGAGGAUCUCAGGGGUGGCAAAGACAAAAUGGUAUUUGGUAAUAUUGAGGCUAUCUAUGAGUGGCACAGGGAUUUUUUUCUCAAGGCCCUGGAACGCUGUCUCGAUAGUCCUGAGGAGCUUGGCCCUCUUUUCAAGAGGUAUGAGAGGAAGUUGCACAUGUAUGUCGUUUACUGUCAGAAUAAACCCGUGUCUGAGUACAUCGUCUCCGAGUACAAUGAUACAUAUUUUGAGGAAUUGAGGCAAAAACUUGGACAACGACUUCAGCUCUCUGAUCUACUGAUUAAACCGGUGCAGAGGAUAACGAAGUAUCAGUUGUUGCUGGUGCAGGCACUCGAAUUGACUGAGAAAACACAGAGAUUGUCGGAGAUUGAGGGCUUCAGGGCGGCUGUUUACGUCAUGAAGAUCAUCCCCAAGGCAGCUAAUGAUAUGAUGGAUGUGGGGAGACUUCAGGGUUUUGACGGGAAAAUAACAGCCCAGGGGAAGCUUUUGCUGCAUGGGCCACUCAUAGUGUCGGAGCUGUCAGGACCACCUGCUCGAGGACGUGAGUGGCAAGUUUUUCUGUUUGAGCAGAAUAUUAUUUUUAGCGAGGCUGUUGGAAAGAAAACACAGUUCACCAGUCCUGCCUAUGUAUACAAAGCUCACAUACAGGUGAACAAAAUGAGUCUCGAGGAUUCUCCAGAUGAUCCGGAAAAAUUUAUAAUACGCUCAACGGACCCCCGAAAACCGGGUCUUGGAUUUAUGUGCAUAGUACCACCAGUACCCGAUGAGAAUACACCACGUAGACAGCAGUGGUUCGACACGAUAACCGCCAUCCUCCAGACACAACGGGAUUUUCUCAAGGCAAUACAGUCGCCAAUCGCCUAUCAAAAGGAACUUACCAAAGAUCCACUCCGUUCACCAACACCCGAGUCUUCGAAACGUGGAUCAGCACCAGUGACACCCACCCUGACUGUACCAAGAGCCAAGGAGAAGGGCCACAAGAAAGGACAGCUGGUGCAUCGCUCUCAGACCGGAAGCGGUCUGGAUUCAGAUUCAUCUCGUACACCAUCACCCACCAAAUCAAAACUCAACUUCCUCGAGGGCUUCAGAAAUACUCUGCGAGCAAGAUCACCAGUCCGUACAAACUCCAUUCCGGUGGCACCUGGGGCACGUGUCCGUCUGGCUGCGGACUGGGGUAAACUCCACGCCGGGGAUGAGCUGGUUGUGUCUCACCUGGAUGGUCCAGGCCUGGUGGUGUCACCCCUGGAUGCCAAGGAGGAGCUAUGGAUACCAGCGAGUCUCAUACCGAAUUCAGCGAUAAGUCGUGCCUGGUCUUUUCGACCGAGGAAGCCGGAGACUGACAGACAGGUGUCAAGUCCUGUCAGGGGCCACGACAGGAGGACUGAACCCCCCAGGAUUCUUGUGCAGAGUGUUACAUCGGUUCGUGUCAACGUGGGGGAAGUCGCCAGGCUUUCCUUCGAGGUAACCAACGCUGAGGGAGCAAGUGUUGCCUGGAGGAGAGAAGGCAGGGACGAGGUCAUCAAUACAGGGAGCGAUGAGAGACAUCAGACCCGACAUGGCGCUGGUCUCAUCUACCUGGAGAUCGUGAGAUGUCGGGUCGACGAUGCUGGAGUCUACGAGUGCACCAUCAGCUCGGAGUCUGGAGCUUGCUCGGCAAAAAUAUCUCUCUGUGUUACAGGUGGUUCAACGAGUGCUACAUGGGCUCGUGUAAUUGGAACGACAAAGGUCCAGGUCGACUGGGAGAAACGUGACAUAGAGACAGGAACGAUUGAGUACCGAACCCUACCCUCAACAACUUGGAUAGCAAUACUCGACGACGUGAAGAAUCCCCCAGUGCUGUUGGAUCUCCUUGCAGGUGCCUCUUACUCGUUUCGAGUGAUCGACAAAACCGGAAGAAAUCCAGUGGGCACUUCUCCAUCCCCCGUGGUGACCCUUCCCCUCGAUGAGAACAUUAACUGGGAGGCCGAGCAAUUUAUAGGUCGAUAUUUGGAGCUUGAUGAACUGGGUAAAGGUCGAUACGCCCUAGUGAGACGAGCUCGUGAUCGUGGUACAGGUCAAGAGGUCGCCCUGAAGCAGACACUCAGGCACAAACAGUCGAGAGCCCUGACACGAGCUGAAUACGAUCUCUUGGCGUCGACUCAUCAUGCCAACAUUAUUCGUGCAUUUGCAUUAUUUGAAAAUGCCCCUCAACCUGGUCUCGACACAAUUGUCCUUGAGCUAGUUAGAGGACCAACUUUAUUCACUUACUUGAGCAAAAAGACUGAUUACACUGAGGCAAUGGCUAGUAAAUUUGCUCAUCAAUUGUUGUCUGCACUUCAAUGGCUCCAUCAGCGUUCAAAAUCUCAUCUGGAUGUUAAACCUGAGAAUGUAAUGGUUGAUCAGGACACUGGUGUUGUCAAGCUCAUUGAUCUCGGUGAAGCUGUCAGAACGCCCGUCGACGAAGUUGUACCACCAGCUGAUCUCGAAUUUGCUGCACCAGAGCUUGUCCUUGGCAGGCCAACUGGAUGUUACACAGAUGUCUGGGCUGCUGGUGUAUUUAUUUAUGUUCUUCUCAGUGGGCUAUCGCCGUUUUUAGACGAUUCCGUUGAAGAGACAACUGCUAAUAUACUCAAAUGCGAUUACUGCUUUCCCGAUGAGUACUUUGAGUUUAUCUCCAAUGACGCUAAAGAUCUUCUCGGAAGGCUUUUGAUCCUCCGGGGUGAGGAGAGAGGUAGUGCUGAGGCCUCCUUGAGCUCGCCCUGGUUUAAGAUUGCCAAGGGGGCGACUAUUUCGUCCUCCAGGAUGGCGGCCUUCAUCGAGCGCAGGGCACAUUGCUCCAAACCACAUGCUGAUCAUGACGUUUUAUAUAGUUGAGGAGUUUUAUCUUGCGUGUAAAUACGAUACUGUAUAUUUUUCGUAGUUUCACUGAUUGACUUGUUCAUUUUAUUACUCGACUUGUCAGAUUGUACUUAUUGUUAAAUAAACUUUUAGAAGAAUACUUUUUA